AUGAUGCAUCCAUUCAAGAAUAUCUUCUUCCUGAUCCUCGUCGUGGCAACUCUCUCGGCACCAUGUAAUGCAAGGGUCCUUCUCGCCAAGAAGUCAAAGGCCCCCCUUGACCAAAAGGGAGCCAAAAAGCUUUCGUCUCGAGCCCCAACUGCCCUUUCCGCUAAAGGAGGCUCUUCUGGCAAGGGAAGCUCCAAAGAGUUGUCGAAGGAGAUGGCCUCCAAAGCAUCUGGAAAGGCAACCUCCGAAGGAACUUCCUCGAAAAAAGCUUCCAAAGGAGCCGCCAAGGCGACCCCAGCGGCUCUCUCUGAAGGAUCUUCCAAGGCAGCACCGACCGGAAGCCCCAAAGAAACCUCGAAGGGAACUUCCGAGGUGACUUCGUCCAAGGGAAAGGCCAAGAAGGAAGCAUCCAAGGCCAAGAAAUCGGCAUCCAAGUCCAACGAAGAUUCUGUUUAA